AUGGCACUACUGACCCAGAUGAGCACGGCGAUCUCACUCGCCUGGUAUACUCAAUUGCCGGCGGGAUCGAUCGAUAACUUUGACACUCUGGUAAGGCGAUUCACGGCGCAGUAUGCAACGAGUCGACCUCACCACGUCACAUCCGUCGCCUGGGCCAGUCUCAGACAGGCAGAAGACGAACCACUAAGGGCAUUCAUGGAGCGCUUUGCCAGCAUCUCGGUCAAGAUCCAAAACCUGAACCCCGAGGUCGCCCUACAUGCCAUGCUCAUGGUGCUCAAGCCAGGACCUUUCGUUGAUAGCUUGUGUCGGCGAUCUCCCUUAGACAUGGACAAACUCCGUGCCCGAGCUGCAGGAUACAUUCAUAUGGAAGAGCACUCUGCCUUUCGUGACCAAGUUCAUGGAAAAUCACAGGCGAAGCCGGACCACGGCCACAAGGAUAAGAUGAAGGUCACCAAUGAUAGCCAAUUCAAGAAGGUUGCUAGGGCAACCAAAGGCAGGAGGUAUGACUUCUAUACCCCCCUGAAUGCGCUCUGA